AUGGUGAACAACAGGCUUGAGAUCACCACUAUAUGCCCUGAUGCUGAGAAUUCAUUGUUUACCAUUGAAAGUUCUGAACUAGAGGCUCAGAGAGCCGCUGCUGUUGCGGCUGCCAGUGAACCAGACCAGCACCGUACUCUACCUAGAAUCAAAAUUCUUGGUACUGGUGGUACAAUUGCUUCCAAAGGUGCAUCUUCCUCGCAAACUGCUGGAUACCACGUCGAUUUAACCAUCCAAGAACUGUUAGAAUCAAUCCCUGAUAUUUCGAGUGUAUGCGAAAUUGAAUACGAACAGCUGUGCAAUGUUGAUUCUAAAGACAUAAAUGAAGAGAUUCUUUUCAAAAUUUACAGAGCUGUCUCUGAUUCUUUACAAAGUUUUGAUGGUAUUGUCAUCACUCAUGGUACUGAUACCAUGGCUGAGACUGCAUUCUUCAUCGAAAAUACCAUCGAUUUUGGAGAGUUACCGGUUGUAUUUGUAGGUUCUAUGAGACCAUCAACUAGUGUAUCCGCGGAUGGUCCUAUGAACCUGUACCAAGCUAUUUGCAUCGCAUCAGAUUCCAAAUCUAGAGGUCGUGGUGUCCUCGUUUCAUUGAAUGACCAAAUUUCCUCUGGUUACUACAUUACCAAAACUAAUGCUAAUUCCCUAGAGUCAUUCAACGUUAGACAGGGGUAUUUGGGUAAUUUCUUCAAUAACGAAGUGCACUAUUAUUACCCGCCAUCGAAACCAUUAGGCUGUCAUAAAUUUAAAUUGAGAUUAGAAGACAGUUCGCCCAUUUCAAAGCUACCCAAGGUUUGUAUCUUAUACGCUCACCAGGCGAUGGAUUCAGAAAUGAUCGACAUAGCAGCUGGACGCUACCAAGGUAUGGUCGUUGCCGCUUUGGGGGCAGGUACUCUACCAGAAACCGUCAAUGAAAGAUGUUUGGCUCAAGAUAUCCCUAUUGUUUUCUCAAAGAGGGCUAUGGAUGGUAUGGUUCCCAACGCUAAUUUACCAAAGGCUACCGAGAAGUCUAACUGCAACAUUAUAGCAUCAGGUUAUUUGAACCCAGAGAAGAGUAGAAUGCUUCUACAACUAUGCCUGGCAAAGAAAUACACCAUGGAGGAAACGAGGCAUGUAUUCCGUGGUGUCUAUGGUGGUUAA